AUGGCCACUGAUGGCAAGGCAAGCAUCGAGGAGGACUCAAACCACGAGGAGGAGAUCGAGCAUGAGGAAGAGAAGUCUAAGUCCGAGCCUAUGGACAAGGAAUCUGAGCCUGAGCUCAAGGAGGAGGACAACGAUGGCAACAAUGAUGAGGCAGAUUUGGGCGAUGGUGAGGUCAUCGAUGAACACGAAGGCGAUGAAGAGGGCUUCGAUGGUGAGAAGCCUGAGGAGAAGGGUGUCGACGAUGAGGGAUCCGACGAGGAGGAGCCCAAGGAGGAGCAGGAAGGCGAUGAUGACGAUACGGAGGACACUACUACAUAA